CUUGUGAGGACCAAGAUGGCGGCACGGUUAAAGUCAGUCUGCCCCUUGUGUGAUGCUAGAAGAUGUUUAUGGUGAAGAAUUUACUUGCUUUAAUUUGUAAAAACCAUGAAAGCACCUCACAAUUAAAUGAUAGUAAUGGAAUUUGAAACAUUGGGAAACAAAACAGGAAACCUGGAAGAUGUUUCCAGGCCAGUCAAGACAGUUGAGGAUAAAUGGAAACUGCUACCAGCAUUUUUAAAGGUGAAAGGACUUGUCAAGCAACACAUUGAUUCCUUUAAUUACUUCAUAAAUGUGGAUAUAAAGAAGAUUGUUAAAGCAAAUGAGAAGAUCACCACUGAUGCUGAUCCAGUGUGGUAUCUAAAAUACCUGAACAUAUACGUUGGAAGUCCUGAUGUGGAGGAAUCUUUUAACAUCACUAAACCCAUCUCACCUCAUGAGUGCCGCUUACGGGAUAUGACAUACUCAGCACCAAUAACGGUUGACAUUGAGUACACUAGAGGCAGUCAGCGUGUGGUGAGACAUAACCUGCCAGUAGGGAGAAUGCCUAUAAUGCUUCGCAGUUCUAACUGUGUAUUGACUGGUAAAAGUCCAGCUGAGUUGGCAUCCUUGAAUGAGUGCCCUAUUGAUCCAGGAGGUUACUUUAUAGCAAAUGGAACAGAAAAGGUCAUAUUAAUUCAAGAACAGUUGUCAAAGAAUCGUAUCAUUGUGGAAGUAGACAAAAAAGGAAAUAUUGGAUGUUCUGUUACAAGUUCAACAGCUGAAAGGAAAAGUAGAACAAGUAUUGUGACCAAACAGAACAAGUUUUGUUUGAAACAUAAUGCUAUGUCAGAGGAUGUCCCUGUUGUUGUGAUCUUCAAAGCCAUGGGAAUGGAAUGUGAACAAGAAAUCGUUCAAAUGGUUGGCUGUGAGGAGGAAGUGAUCUCAACAUUUGCUCCAUCUCUUGAGGAGUGUCACAAACUAAAUAUUUACACACAAUUACAGGCUUUGCAGUAUGUUGGAUCCAAAGUGCGUCAGCGUGCAACUUGGGGGAAGAGCAGAACUAAAGUGGAGGAGGCAAGGGAGUUGUUAGCAGGAGUUAUGCUCGCUCAUGUUCCGGUUAUCAAGUAUGAUUUCAAAGCCAAGUGUGUAUUCUUAGCUCUGAUGGUGCGUAGAGUCAUUCUCGCGUGCAGCGACGAGGCCCAUGUAGAUGACCGUGAUUACUAUGGUAACAAGCGGCUGGAACUCGCAGGCCAGCUUCUGUCUCUUCUCUUCGAGGACUUGUUCAAGAGAUUUAAUGCAGAGCUUAAGAAAAUUGCAGACCAAACAAUUCCAAAACCAAGAGCUGCCCAGUUUGACAUCGUGAAGCACAUGCGUCAGGAUCAAAUUACCCAUGGUCUGGUUCAUGCAAUCACCUCGGGUAAUUGGAUCAUAAAGAGAUUUAACAUGAAUCGUGCGGGGGUCACACAGGUUCUUUCGCGGCUUUCAUUUAUUUCUGCUCUUGGAAUGAUGACAAGGAUAAGCAGUCAGUUUGAAAAGACCCGUAAAGUUAGUGGUCCUCGGUCGCUGCAGCCAUCUCAGUGGGGAAUGUUGUGCCCAUCGGACACCCCUGAAGGAGAGGCCUGUGGCUUAGUGAAGAAUCUUGCAUUGAUGACACAUAUUACCACAGACCAGAAUGAAGAACCCAUUAUUCGCCUAGCUUAUAAUUUGGGAGUAGAGAAUUUGAAUAUGUUGUCCGGCGAGGAGAUAAGCCAUCCUUCAGUUUAUCUUGUGUUCCUGAACGGUAACAUUCUUGGUGUUGUAAAGAACUACAAGCGCUUGGUUGAAACGUUCCGUCUGAUGAGGAGAGCUGGUUACAUCAGUGAAUUUGUCUCCAUUUGCCCAAAUCACCAGCACAGAUUUGUUAACAUUGCAUCUGAUGGAGGACGAGUUUGCAGGCCUUACAUUAUUGUUAAGAAUGGAAAACCUAAAGUGACUGAUCAACACAUUCAAGAACUCGUGCAAGGUUUCAGGAGCUUCGAAGAUUUCUUACAUGAUGGUCUAGUUGAGUAUCUAGAUGUCAACGAAGAAAAUGACUGCGCAAUUUCUUUGUACGAGAAGGAAAUUACAAAGGAGACAACACAUCUGGAGAUAGAACCGUUCACGCUGCUAGGGGUAUGUGCUGGCCUUAUACCAUAUCCUCACCACAAUCAGUCUCCUCGGAACACUUACCAGUGUGCUAUGGGCAAACAAGCUAUGGGUUCCAUUGGGUACAACCAGCGUAACAGAAUAGACACGCUGUUGUAUUUCCUGUGUUACCCUCAGGUGCCAUUGGUGAGAACUAAGACUAUAGACUUGAUCCAAUUCGACAAGCUGCCGGCUGGUCAAAAUGCAACAGUGGCUGUUAUGAGUUACAGUGGUUAUGAUAUUGAGGAUGCACUGAUACUAAACAAAGCGUCUGUUGACAGAGGGUUUGGACGCUGCUUGGUAUACAGGAAGCAAACGUGUUUGUUAAAAAGAUACGCGAAUCAGACAUUUGAUCGUGUUAUGGGUCCCAGUAGAGAUGCAGCGACGGGUGAGGUAAUCUGGAGACACAGAGCUCUUGACGCUGAUGGAAUUUGCGCUCCAGGUGAGAGGGUAGAAAACAAACAAGUUCUCAUCAACAAAUCCAUGCCUGUUGUCACUGCUUCAGGGCUUCAGCCAGUGACACCAGGUCAACCACCUCCCCAACCUGAAUACAGAGAUGUACCAGUGUCGUACAAAGGGCCAAAAGAUAUUUACAUUGAACGUGUGCUGGUGACUUCAAAUGCUGAAGAGGCAUUCCUCAUAAAGAUUCUUCAAAGACAGACGCGGAGACCGGAGAUUGGGGACAAGUUCAGCAGUAGACACGGCCAGAAGGGCGUUUGUGGUUUAAUCGUUAAUCAAGAAGAUAUGCCUUUUACUGAUUUGGGUAUUUGUCCUGAUAUUAUCAUGAACCCGCACGGCUUUCCAUCGCGGAUGACUGUUGGAAAACUGAUAGAGUUGAUGGCAGGCAAAGCUGGGGUCCUCGAAGGACACUUCGGUUAUGGAACAGCAUUUGGAGGCGACAAAGUGGAGGAUGUUUGUGGUGCUCUUGUAGACCAUGGCUUUAAUUACUCUGGCAAGGAAUUUGUCACGUCUGGUAUUACAGGGGAGCCAUUAACAGCAUAUAUAUUCUUCGGUCCGGUAUAUUAUCAAAAACUCAAACACAUGGUGUUGGAUAAGAUGCAUGCCCGUGCUAAGGGUCCCCGAGCUGUGCUGACGAGACAACCAACAGAAGGACGAUCACGGGACGGCGGAUUAAGGCUGGGAGAGAUGGAGCGAGACUGUUUGAUAGCUUACGGUGCCAGCAUGCUCCUUCUUGAAAGACUAAUGAUAUCAAGUGACGCCUUUGAAGUAGACGUGUGCAGCGAGUGUGGCCUUAUGGGAUACUCAGGAUGGUGUCAUUACUGUUCAUCUUCUCACAAUAUUUCAACUCUAAAAAUACCUUACGCUUGUAAACUUCUGUUCCAAGAACUUUUGUCCAUGAACAUAGUACCGCGGCUAUCGCUAAAACACUACACGGAUGAGUGAAGACGCCUUAAAAUACCCCUAUCAUUGCCAGAUUUAUCACAGAGGACCUGGCAGAAGAAUUGUAGGCACAUAUGGUAGGGAUGAAAUACUCUGCCAAUGGAAUUACGUGCGAUUAAGAUCCAGUUAUCUGAAGGGGAGAAUUCCUUUAACUGGGAGCUAAAGGUGGCACACGAAAUGAUUUUCGGGAAUCUUGGAAACUUCGUAGCUCUUGAAAAGCUGCUUUUUUUGUAAAUUGAAACAUUGUAUAAACGGUUGACUACAAAACAGAACGAACUUUGUUAGUGCCGUCGUUGUUAGAUUGUGAAAAUAGAGAUGCAUCGCCUUCGUUAAAACAAUGGAAGGCAAAGUCGAUGAGCCUUAGCCAGUGCUGCUUUAAAUUCUUUCAGUCUGCCAGUUGGCCAGUUUUUGUUUGUUUGUUUGUUUGUUUGUUUGUUUGUUUGUUUGGGUAGGGUAACUCAUACACAGACCAGUAUUCAGGUCAGUUUCAAACACCUUUAUCUCAUUCACAUGACCUCGCACUGAUUCUUCACAAUGGAAAAAUUGUAGGUGCAGCAAAGGUGUUGAUAUGCCGCCAUGACCGUACUGAGCACCUGCCACAGGGUUGCAUUUGAACAUGGAGUUGAAUCGUCACUCUGAUGUAUUAUUUUAAAAAAACAAAAAUAACAACACAAAACAAAACAAACAAAAAUCAACGGAAAUCACUGAAAAACGAGGAUAAUUUUAACAACUUUAUUACAUUGUUAAGUUAUUGAGUUUCCGUCAGGGGUUGGGUGGGUAAUGCAUUUGUAACAAAGUCCAGUCAUUAUAAUUGUAGCAUCAUAUCACAUGACACAAUGGGGAUAAAAAUACAACUAACUCGAUCAAUAAAAACCGUUUUUGCUUAGUCUCUGUCAAACUAACCCUCGAGAAUUACUCAUCCAUUAUCCGUUACCAUAACUUGAAAUAGGUUAAAAAGAUACGACUGGCCUGGGAAUUUGAAUAAAAACA